GCUCUUCUCGCGCGGGUGCGGGGCGCCCAGAGUCGCCCUCAGCCCCUUUUGCGGCGUCCCCUCCCCCACCGCGGAGCGCCGCCCGGAAGACCCUACACUUCCGGGGCGGAGCUUCUGCAAGACUCGCCGGCCCCCGAGGGCGCAUGCGCAGCGUCCGCGCCGCCCGACGCUUCCCGGCCGCCGUCCUUCUCCUUUCGCAGUGGCGGCGGCGGUGGCGGCGUCUGCAGGGCUUCCCGGCGACCGCGGCUCGCUAGGAAUCCGCUGCGGAAUGGUGUGGUGGCUCGAUUUUCCCAGUGCCUGGCUGAGUUUCGGACGUGGUUAAGAACCAACUGGUUGAGGUUCAAUGCAGACAAGACGGAUGUGAUGCUGCCAUCUGUUGAAUCUUCAAGUCCAGGAGGUUCAGCAACAUCAGAUGACCAUGAAUUUGAUCCAUCAGCUGACAUGCUGGUUCAUGAUUUUGAUGAUGAACGAACAUUAGAAGAGGAAGAAAUGAUGGAAGGAGAAACAAACUUCAGUUCUGAAAUAGAGGAUCUUGCAAGGGAAGGCGACAUGCCAAUUCACGAACUUCUCAGCCUUUAUGGUUAUGACAGUACUGUCCGACUACCUGAAGAAGAUGAGGAGGAGGAGGAGGAGGAGGAGGAAGGUGAGGAUGAUGAAGACGCUGAUAAUGACGACCACAGCGGCUGCAGUGGAGAGAAUAAGGAGGAGCAGAUAAAGGACUCAUCAGGUCAGGAGGAUGAAACGCAGUCUUCCAAUGAGGACCCAUCGCAGUCUGUCGCCUCUCAAGACGCACAGGAGAUGAUCCGCCCACGUCGGUGUAAAUAUUUUGAUACAAACAGUGAAAUAGAAGAAGAAUCUGAAGAAGAUGAAGAUUAUAUUCCAUCAGAAGACUGGAAAAAGGAGAUUAUGGUGGGCUCCAUGUUUCAAGCGGAGAUUCCAGUGGGGGUGUGUAGAUACAAAGAAAACGAGAAAGUGUAUGAAAACGAUGACCAGCUCUUGUGGGACCCUGAGCACUUAUCAGAAGACAAAGUGGUUGUGUUUCUCAAGGAUGCGUCCAGAAGGACAGGCGAUGAGAAGGGCGUGGAGGCAAUUCCCGAGGGGUCUCACAUAAAAGACAACGAGCAGGCUUUAUAUGAAUUGGUUAAGUGCAAUUUUGACACAGAAGAAGCAUUGAGAAGGUUACGGUUUAAUGUAAAAGCAGCUAGAGAGGAAUUGUCUGUCUGGACAGAGGAAGAGUGUAGAAAUUUUGAACAAGGGCUGAAGGCCUAUGGAAAAGAUUUUCAUUUGAUUCAGGCUAAUAAAGUCCGAACAAGGUCAGUUGGGGAAUGUGUAGCAUUCUAUUACAUGUGGAAGAAGUCGGAACGCUAUGAUUUCUUUGCUCAGCAAACACGAUUUGGAAAAAAGAAAUACAACCUUCACCCUGGUGUAACGGACUACAUGGACCGUCUCCUAGACGAGAGCGAGAGCGCAGCCUCCAGUCGCGCCCCGUCCCCUCCCCCGACGGCCUCCAGCAGCAGCAACGGGCAGUCUGAGAAGGAGGACUGUGCAGCGGGAGCACACAACGGGGUGUCAUCUAACGGACCAGGUGAGAUAGUAAGCAAAGAAGAGGGAAAAGGUGAAGGGCUGCACGUUAACGGGCCGACAGGAGGACACAAGAGACCGCUUCACACAGAGACGGACACCAACGGCUAUGAGGCAGAUAACCUGACCACGGACCCAAAACUUGCUCACGUGACUGCAAGAAGCGAAAGUGAUUUUGAUGACAAAAGCGAGAGACCUGCCAAAAAGCGAAGGGUGAACAGCAGCGGGAGGGGGAGCCCAGGCCCCUCUGAGCUCCUCCAAGAGGCGGUGUCCCAUGGGAAACCUGAGGGGCUGGAAAACACAGGUGACUGAACUUGAGACCAAUUUUACUUUCUUGGAGGAAUUCUGGUGUGACUAAAAUUUUCAGGGUUGAUGGGUGACCUUAACAAGUUGAUUUCCUUGAAGCCGUUGGUUUAAAUAUAAAAAGAUGAAUUGGUAAUUCUAAGAAGAUUUCAUAAUUCUGUCUUUAUGGGUUCUUUUACUUCAAAACUGGCAAAAGUCUUUUUAAGGAUAUAAAAAAGUUUAGUAAAUUGGAACAAACUAAAGAUAAAUCCAUACCUUUUCAUCCAGAUAUAUUGUCAUAAAAUUUCACUAUAAGGUAAUUUCUUCUUGGUUUGAUACAGAGGAAUGAAAAAAGAAUUCAGAUCUGUUUUACCCCAGUUUUUCUGAGUUUCCUGAAAUGUCUUUCUAAUAGGCAUUUUUCACUCCUUCUAAAUUGAGUGUCAUUAUUAAGGGAACCCUUGUGAAUCCUGAAAGUUAUGCUAGCAUGAUUUUUUUAUAUAUAGAAGUUUAAAAAUAAACCAAGUCAGGUUUGUAUAUGUAAAAUUGUUGACAUCAAUGAUGUCUUUCCAUAUUCUUAUCUGGGCUUAAGAAAUACAUUCUGUAUUUUUCCAGAUUCUUUGUAGCCUUUGAAAGAUUUUUACAAGUACAUAUGUCUUGACUGAGCUGUCCUUUCUUAAUACAAAAAGCUUGUAUAAUUUUCUUAACUUGUACAGUUGGUAAACUUUUAUGAGAGGAAUUGAUAUUCUGAGUCCGUCAGCUUUCAUUUUAUUUUGCUAAGGUUUUUCUAAUGAAUUUUUAAGUGUUUGUGUAGUUAACUAAGUCAUGUUUCUUAUCCAGGUGGUAAAAGCAUUCAUAAAGGACUGUGAAAAAUUUUUUCAAAUUUUUACCUAAGGACAAAUAGUUUGAGAAUUCCGAAACUAAGCAUGAUUCUUAGAUCGUACUUUGUUUUGCAUUUAUUAUCAUUUUCUCUAAAUUAUUUUUCAAGCAAAACAGGUUUAAUGUCAGCUUAAGUGCUUACGUGUGUCAUGCUGACUAGAAUCCUGUUCAGUCAUUUUUAUAUGCGUCAUAAAAGUUCCCAUUUUUGCAUCAGACAACAGAGGCAAAGGCCCAGUGGUUCUUAGCUGUUGGCACAUGGCAGGGGGUCGCUCUUGGUGCCCAGUGUAUGAGUUCUCGGAGGAGGAGGAGUGACAGUUUGAAGUUUGCGGACUUUGCCAGUGACAGCCCAGGUGUUCAGGUUGAUGAUGUUUUUCCAAAAUGAAAAUAAGAUAAACAGUGACCACUGCUGUGUGUGAUUACAAGGAGAAUUAUUCAUCGUCAUGUAAAAAUGGCAUUUUAUUUUUAGUGCAGAAUUCUUGUUUAAAAACAUAGCUGUACACAGCUGCUAGCCCAGCCUCUACCCACACCUUUGUGAAAGGUGGUUGUUUUCUCACACACGCCCAGAGAUGCUUCUCCCAGCCCAUGGUUCCCGUCAGUUCCAGAGCCAGCGCCUUUUCAGACCAGUGUGUGGUCCUGUUGGAGCAGCUCUGUGCGCAGCAGCUGGGUUUCCGCAGGUUCGCACGGAGAAGUGAUGCUCAGGCCCGGCCCGCAGGGGCUCGGAAGCUCUUCCCAGCCCUUGACUCCUGACGUGUGCUCACUUCUGUUACCUAAGUGUCCGAGGAAUCAUGGUUUGGGGUGAAGUGCGGAGAAGCAGGGGUUUGUUGUUGUUUUACUUAAAACAUUAAUUUAUCCAGAAAGGCAGAAGCUUUAGCAGAUGGUCACAGUCCAUUUCCUAAGUUAGAUUUCAUGAAUGAAUCCAAAGCAUCCUAGCUCCUUGUCAGAGAUGCUCUAUAGAAGUGUUUUAAAAGAACAGUGAUGCUGUACUUGUUAAAUUGUUGCAAUAUGAGAAACAACAUUUUCACCUUUUUAAAAGAUGCAUUUUGUUUGCUGGUUUGUGAAGUUCUUGCAAACCAUUGAUACAGAAAUGUUUUAAGUAAAUCCUCAGGCAUGUCUGCAAAUAAUGGCAUAUGUAUAAAUGUUAGGAGAUUUUACUUUUCUUAAUCUUAUCUUUUGAAAGUACACAUAAUGAAAGACAUUCCACUAUUAUAAUAUGUAAUGCGCAGUUUUCCGUAAAUAUUUAAUUGUACUUUGUGUUUAUACAGGUAUUUCACUUUGUUCUUCAUAAUGCAGCCACUAUAACUUGAUAUGUCAUUGCACUAUUUAAGAAUCUUAGUAUCAUGAGUUUAAUUUGCUUAAGACUUAGUACCUUGCGGAAGUCUUGAACUCUCGACAAACUGCACUGGGAAAACCAGCCUUGCCUGGAGUCACUUCGCCGCCUCACCUCGCCCAGGGAGCACUCUCGCUUGCAUCUGGAAUGGGGUUUCUGUGUUCCGAUGUGUUUGCAAGUAGGUUUCCUCACCUGCAACUCAGUUCAACACAAAUCUGUUGAGCUUUAAAAUGUAUUUGAAGUAAUAUUUAAGUAGGCAUUUAAAAGGAUGAAUUAGAUGUUUUUAAAUUUAUGCAUAGUAAUUUUGCACUGUAAAAUAUUUUCCUUCUCCCAUUCCCUUCUGCCACUCUGAAUACGCUUAUUAAAGUAUUUUUGUAAACA